AUGUCAGUUCAUGUCGUUGCUUCGACCACGGGCGCAAUUGUCCCGAUCUUUCAUCAGACGGUUCACCAUGCCGCCCAAACGCAAGUCUCCCGACGCGUCCGGCGCGUCUGCCAGCAAGCGAAGCAAGCCGGACCUGCGCCAGCCGCAUCCAAACGCGAAAGAGACCGAGGCCUUUGGGAUUGUCCUGCGCGACUUCUACCCCCCGAAAUGAGCAACGAGCGCUGCGAGGCGUAUAAUAAUGGAACCCUUGAACGGCCCAUCGACACCCUAAACAAGGCCUGUCGCGAGACCGCCGACCAUCGUCGCGCCAUCGCGCCCGGCAAGGCCGUGGUGCACUGGUUCAAGAGUGAUCUGCGUCUUCAUGACAAUCGCGCCCUGCACGCGGCUUCCCAGAAAGCCCACGAUCAUCACAUCCCACUGAUCGGCCUCUACGUUCUCUCACCAGAGGACCUGACGGCCCAUCUGGCGAGUCCUGCACGCGUCGAUCUGACCCUACGCACCUUGCAACUGCUCCAGCGCGACCUGGGCGAGUUGGACAUUCCCCUACACGUGGAAACGGUCGAGGAACGCAAGGCAGUCCCGGGUCGGAUUAUUGAACUCUGUCAGAAAUGGGGCUCCCAACACCUCUUUGCCAAUAUUGAGUACGAAGUGGAUGAACUCCGACGCGAUGCCCGGUUAGUCCGGCAAUGCGCCCAGAAUGGGAUUGAUUUUGAGCCGAAACACGAUACCUGUGUGGUCACUCCGGGAUUGCUGAGCAGCCAACAGGGCCGGCAGUAUGCCGUCUACACCCCGUGGUUUCGCUCUUGGCUGGCCUUCCUGAAGGAGAACCCCGACUACCUCGAGGUGUCGGAGGAGCCCGGGUCCAACCCCCAGGAUGCGCGAACCCAACUUGCAGACCUGUUCGAUUGUAAGGUGCCCGCGGCCCCAAGCAACAAGCAGUUGUCCGACGCGGAGAAGAACCGAUUUGAGAAAAUGUAUCCUGCCGGUGAGCACGAGGCCCUCCGGCGGCUGGAUGCGUUCCUGGAAGAAAAGGCCCGCGAUUACGAGACGAUGCGGAGCAUAUUGCCCGGUCAGCAUACGUCCAUUCUCAGCCCGUACUUUGCCUCGGGAGCGUUGAGUGCCCGCACGGCUGUGAAGAUGGCCAAGCGAAACAACAAAAAUCGGCUGGAUCAGUCCGACCCGGGCCAUGUCAGUUGGAUCAGCGAGGUGGCCUGGCGGGAUUUCUACAAGCAUGUGCUCGUGCACUGGCCAUUUAUCUGCAUGAACAAGUGCUUCAAGCCGGACCACACCAACAUUGACUGGGAGUACGAUAAAGACCAGUUCCAAGCCUGGGCCGACGGCAAGACUGGAUAUCCUAUCGUGGAUGCUGCCAUGCGGCAGUUGCGGCACUCGGCAUGGAUGCACAACCGCACUCGGAUGGUCGUCUCAUCUUUCCUGUCCAAAGACCUGCUUAUCGACUGGCGUCGGGGUGAGCGGUACUUCAUGGAGCAUCUGAUCGACGGGGAUUUUGCCUCUAACCAUGGCGGGUGGGGGUUUGGCAGCAGCACCGGAGUGGAUCCCCAGCCCUACUUUCGCAUCUUCAACCCGCUCCGGCAGAGCGAGCGAUUCGACCCGGAAGGCGAGUACAUCCGCUACUGGGUUCCCGAGCUGCACGACGUCCAGGGCACUGCCAUCCAUGCUCCAUAUGACCGGGGCGCGGGGGGAGUUGCGGAGAAGAAUGGAUACCCCCGGCCAAUGGUUGAGCAUGCGAUCAGUCGGGAGAAGGCUUUGGAACGGUACAAGCGGGCGUUGCAUGGAUGA